AUGCGCAGCCUCUCGCCGCUCGUAGUCCUCAUCGCGCUCCUCGCACGCGCAACAGCACAGACCUGCGGCAACAUCGAGGCGACCACGCAGCACAAUUUUACCACACCAGACGGUCGGGGUCGCUCCUACGUCAAGUACAAGCCAUUGGGCAUUGCGACCGCCUCCAAUUAUCCGCUCGUCGUUGAGCUGCACGGCCUGGGCGCAUGCGCCAGCGACCUGUACAGCUAUAGCGGGUGGACACUCGUGGCCGAGCAGAACAACUUCAUCCUCGUGACUCCGCAGGGAGUAGAGAAGAGCUGGAACGCUGGUCGCUGCUGCGGCCAAGCGCGAGCGGCAAAGCUCAAUGUCGACGACGUCUCCUUUCUUCGUAUGGUCGCUGCAGACGUCCUCGCUGCUGAACCCGGCGUCGACCCGACGCGUGUCUACUUUGCCGGCCAUUCGACCGGAUGCAUGAUGGCGCAGCGGAUGGCGCUCGAAGCGUCGGACCUUGUGGCGGCCGUUGGGUGCCACGCCGGCAUGCUGAUGGUGCCUCCCUCGUCUCCGGCGGUCGAGUCCAUCACAACGCCGUCAGGCUACAAGCCGGUUCCAGUGAUGGAGAUCCAAGGGCAGCAGGACAGCGUAGUCUCCUACGACUAUGCCACCGUCCUCCGCAUCCCGUAUUGGCCAGGAGCGCUGCGCAACCUUGGUUGGUGGCGCCAGCUCAACGGUUGCCCCACAGCCUCGCCCACCAUCAUCUCGUAUGGCAGCUACAGCAUCCACUUGCACACGGGGUGCGCAGACGGCUCGGGCCGGCCACUAUUGCUUUGCCUCAUUCCCACCCCACGUCAAUACAACCCAGCUUGCAUGGGAUUUCGUCCAGCAGUUCAACCUGCCCCUGCCAAAUAG